AUGGCGAAUUGCCAACCACUCCUGUUCAAAUUUUUAAAGGUGUAUGCAACCAUGAGGAAUUUGGGGUCAAAGGGCAAGCUGGAAACCGCAGCGUGGGACACUCUCAACAAAACGCUCUUCAUCCGGGAACUCGACGUCACAAAGCAGGGCACAAUCUCGUCCGUCGUUGACGAGAUCUUGCGGGAAAAUGGGAGAAUUGACGUUCUGGUCAACAAUGCUGGCUUCAGUGGUGUUGACGGCAUCGACAUGAAAUCCAUUGAGUGGUGUCAGAGCAUGAUGGAUACCAACUACUGGGGCGUGGUCAGAACUACCAGGGCCGUGUUACCAGCGAUGAAGAAACAGAAAUCCGGCCGAAUACUGAAUGUAUCAAGCGUCACCGGUAUCCUAGGUACCCCUUUCUACGCCACCUACGCGUCUAGCAAAUUCGCCGUUGAGGGAUUCUCUGAGUCCAUCGCGGCAGUGUUGCGUGAUGGUUUCAAUAUCAGGGUAAGCAUCGUCGAGCCGGGUCCGGUAACCACCGACCUCAUGACCAAUCUUGUGACAAACCUGGAGGGGCAUGCGGCGGGCUUCAACGACGACAAGCUGAAGGAGAUGUACCUGGCCCAGGCCAAGAGCAUGCAACCCAUCGUGGACAGGGUGGCCCAGAACCCGGAUGAGAUAGCCAAGCUGCACCUAAAGAUCAUACUGAGCGAUAACCCGCACCUGCGGUACCAGACUAGUCCGGCUAUGACUACGAUGGUGGCGGACAAGUUGAAGGAUCCUACUACGGACGCACUGCUGGAUGCGCUCAAGAUUCCAGCUAAACUGGACGCACUGCUGGAUGCGCUCAAGGUAGCAGACCAGUAAAUAAACUUCCAUAGACCCCAAUGGUAAAUGCUCCCACUUCAGAAAUUCGGGAAAAUACUCUCAACUCUCCAAGGCGUUCGAGACAC